AUGGGCCUACGCAUAUCCUGUCUUGGUGGUUACCGUCCUCCAAAAACGACCAGUGCAAAAAAGAAGAAAAAAUUGAUAGAAAUGCGCGAAGAAUUGGAGAACAUGGAAUUUAAUAAAAAGGAAAUGAUAAUCUUUGAGAGAUUGGGAAUGGGGGAAAUAGUGCUGGAUUAUGCUUCGUUGGACGAGACAGAGGCUUACAAGAUAUGCGAGUUUUCACAUAUGGUCAAUAAGCCUUAUGAGACUAGUAGAAAGAAUAGAAUACGCUACAAAAGCCGGCAGAUAAUGGAUGGUAGAAUUUUGUUGGCCGAUUUGAAAAAACUAUGGAAAACAAUAAAACAAGAUUAUGAAAGGUUUUGUGUCAACUUCUCGGAGGAGGACGAACAAGAGGAUGUUUUGAAAUAUGAAUUUCCGGGAGUACUUGUUAAAUACCACUACUUGAUGGUCUACUUCCGUUUCUUCUUCCAAGACGUCUAUUGCACUCUUGCUAAGCAGCAAGAGAUUGCAAUACUAGCGUAUUCGGAGGCGGGUUUUUUCCGGAGACUGUUUGAGCAGACCGUCGAGAAGAUGGACGACUGUGAAGGAGAUUUCAUCGAUACAUAUCCAAAGUUUGUGGAGAAAAUGGAGGAGAGAAUCAGUCAGUUGGAGUUAUUUUAUACUGAAAAUGUUCUGGAGAUGCAUGACGCGGAUCAACGAGUUUUUUGA